CGUGUCUUUAUUAGGUUACAAUGACAUUUGACCAUGUUGAGCACGUGUUGGUACAGUUUUCGCACGGCGAAGAGUCUGUGCGUCUACUAUCGCUUCAACGGCAUCAUGGAAGGCUUGUAAUCUUUCCUGGUACCGAUAAAUCAUUAGUGUGUGAUGUUGGCGCUGAGGCAGCACAUCAUGUUUCCGAUGGCACUGAUGCCGACGUUGCGUCAUCAUCAAUAUCGAAUGUAGCCUCCAAAGAGACGGAGGAAGACGCAUUAGCUACUUUAAGCGAUACUACAGUCCAGUUUGAACGUAUUCUGGAGCAGUAUAUGCACAAUCCAAGGUUGAUGUUUUCCAAUGUGGAGUUGCUCGUAGGUGAAGCAUUUUCGAUAUUGGAGCAAUUAAUUCAAUUAUCGGAUACUGUGUUAUCAGAUAUAGUGCUAGGUGCUAACAACAUCAACUCCAUGUUAGGACUGGAGUUUAUAUGUUAUCAUAUAUACAACGUCGCUAAAGUUGUUGGUCUACGUCGUUGUUUCGCAUAUGCCCCAAAUGCAGUGCGCUAUCUAGUUCCCGUUAUUUCAGUAAUCGAGCUGUUACGUGCCCAUGAACAGAGGUCGCCACAUUCGCGCUAUGAAAAUCGCCGGUGGUGUGUUGAGUAUGUUUUUUUGUCAUGGUUAUCACUAUUGGUCUAUACACCGUUUGAGUUGGACACUAUAUGGCGCGAUGAGAGUGGCGGUAGUAAUACGUUAGUCAGGCGCAUACUAUCGGUGGCGAUACAUUACGUAAUUAUAUCAUCCAAGGCCAGGGACGCCUGCGGAAUACUGUUGUCUACGUUCUAUGGCAGGCCUGAUAUUGGUCAGUAUAGUUUGCAUGAAUUCUUAUCAUACUGCUCGUAUGUACUAUCUCCUGGAUCAGAGAUACAGAGUGAAGCCACUGUAGAUUUGCAUAACAAUGCGUCUAUCAUUGACAGCUCCCCAAUGAUUUCAGGUAAUACUGACAAACCAUUAGUCUCUCGGGAGAUUCCACCCACAAAACAAGAUGGUAUCAUGGAUAGUGCUGUGAUGUUUGCUAACAACCAUUCAGUGGCACUAUCCAAAGAUGAACAUGCACAAAUCGGUGUGCUUACAGUGCUUAAGCAGAUGUUGAAGCACAUGUUACGUCAAGACAUUGCGCCUCAUCUUGGGUUAUUAACACGUUGCUUAUUGGAUUCCGAUAUUGCUGGAUCAUCCGCAUGCCGUAGGCUUAAAGCUGGCUGCAUAGGGCGUUUGGCUCUGCAUAUUCUGCCGCCAUCAGCACAGACGCAAAGGUAUCGUCGUAAGUUGCGUAAAAUGAUAUCGACCGCUGAUACCGCGGAAGUUAUCAUGGACGAUGUUGCUGAAUUUGAAAUGGACCCUCGAGUGGAGAGCAUUGUCGAGCAGUUGUUAAUAUCAUUGGUCGACCGUGAUAUUCGUGUACGCUGGGCCUCAGCGAAAUCCAUUGGCAGGAUAUCCACUAAGCUGCCAAUGUACCUGAAUGAACAGAUUAUAGAGUAUAUAUUAGAUGUGAUACAGCAGCAGUAUGACUGGGUGCAGCGUUGUUUCGUCAAGGGUGAAUCUGCUGUCCAUGGCGGUUGCCUCGCUAUCGCAGAGAUACUUCGUGGCGGCAUCCUGCAUCCGAACAUGCUUGGCCAGGUGCUGGACUGCGUGGUGUUGACAUUGGACUUUGAUCUGUGGCGUGGUAAGGGCUCUGCAGGUUGUGGAGUGCGUGACGCUUCUUGUUAUAUAUGCUGGGCGGUUGUUCGCCAUUAUCCCAAGAGUGCCAUACUCCCAGAGCAUAUAGUUUCCAUCAGCAAGUCACUUGUCAACAUGUCGUUAUUCGACAUAUCGAUUAACUGUCGUAGAGCCGCUUGCGCAGCAUUCCAGGAACUCGUGGGCCGUAUUGGUGAUGUAGCGCAUGGCUUGGAUUUAAUAGUUAUCAUGGAUUACUUCUCUGUGGCUAACCGAAGGCACGCUUUCGUAGAUCUGUCUGAGCGUAUUGCUAGAUAUGGGUUCUAUACAUUAUCUAUGGUCGACCAUUUGCUACGUACUAAGUUACACCACCCUGACAUGACCACUAGAAGGUAUGCUGCGCGAGCCAUUGCUCGGAUAUGCCUAGCAUUGGUAAAUACGCCAUAUGGCCAGGUGGCUACGCGUAACGGUAUACCUGUAUAUAUCGAGAUUGUAGACCAUUGCCUGGAAUGCGUUGGCACAAAGAAUCCGGCUAUUAUCCACGGGUCGCUUUGUACAUUGUCCCAUAUACUCGAUGGGCUGGUUGCUUGUGGUGAAUUGUUACAGGAUCCGUUUGACCGUAUUAAGCAGGUACCCGUAAUAUUCGAACGCCAGCACAUGUUUAGGAUAAAGGGCGGUGUCAUAUUCAGGCAAUCGAUAUGUGAACUUGUAAGGUCAAUUUGCAAUUUAGCACUGGCAACGAAAAGCCUGCAUCUGGAUAUCGACGAUUUGAGGUACUACGUAACGAUACUUAAGGACUCUAUACGUAGCUUUACUGUUGAGGUCCAGGUAGCUGCCGUUGAGGCUCUUAGACCACUGCUUAUAUACCUAUGUAACACUGAUAUAAUGGAAUCACGCCGCUUGGUGCAGUACCUAAUAGAUUCCCUCGUGGAUAAACAAGGACAUGUAGCUGCUAUGCGUGGCUACGCACUGUCGCUAUCAGCGUGUCCAAUAUCAUUGUCCAAAGAAUUCGGGGAGCAAUUGAUCCAAGUACUCUCUAGGGAAAUUCUAACGAAUUACUCCAUGGCUGAAUUUAGGGACGCACAAAUACGGCAGCAUGUCAUGAUAUCGUUAUUACAUGUAUUGGAGAGUACUUUGGAGAUUGAUAUAUCCUCGGAUACAACAGAGAUGUUGAUUGAAGCCUUGGAGUACGGUUCAUCGGACUAUGAAAUUGACAGUCGUGGUGACGUUGGUUCCUGGGUACGUGAGGUAACAAUAGAGACUAUAUGUUAUCUACUUACGAUCUUAAACAAUCCGGGAAACAAGUUGCUCAAACAUAUAAAGCCUGAGCAUAUAUACCGGAUGGCUACCUGUUUAAUCAAGGUAUGCCUCGAGCCACUGGAUAAUACUCGAGCACGGUCUACGUUUUUAUUUGCUCAUUUGUUUGACUCUGGACUCAGAAUCGAUCCCUGUUGGAUAUGGAAACGUGUAUUCUAUGGGACAAAGUACGAAUACGGUAUAGCGCGUACCGCGGUGUAUCCCAAUGCACCAGUUGAUCUUAAUAGCAGUAUAGACCGUUUACGGUCGCCAGGAAAGGAAAGUUCACUAGAAGACAUUACAAGCGAUGCUGUGGGAAAUCGCAAGGUCAUGACGCCACAUGAUUCUGCUCCAGAACUAGCAUUACAGGCUGACAGGAGCCACUGUUCUUCUCAAGCAAAGCCGGAACCUGAAAAAGUUGUGGGUGUUACAACUGAAAAAGUAUCUACCGAAUCGGUGCUUACUGAAGAAACCAGUGCACAAAAAGAUGAUCAUGUGUAUUCAUUAGGAGUUUUACAGGAACAUAAGUUAAUGUCGGUAAUUGCUACUAAUAUUAACUGGCAUGUAGCACAAUCGUUUAACAUCGAUGAGUUACUGGAGUCUGCUGAUAAUGACGACGAUACGUAUAUUAGAACCUCUUCACAUGUGUCUCUCAGGAUCCCAGGGUACUCACUGUCGCCAUUAUGCACAUCGCAAUUCAUGUAUUUACUAUAUGCGCCUAGGUUUUCCGAGUUGUUGGUGCACUCCUUAGUGAACCUAUUAUCCGUUGGGUCAAACCAACAGUUAUGGAACGAGGAUACACUGGAUAAUGUUAUUGUAGACUUCCUCAAGCAGCAUGGUGAAGAAAUGGUUAAGUCAUCUACUGGCCGUGUUCUACGGUUACGUGACAUGGUAUUGUUAUACGUUACUGAGUAUUACCAAACUAGUAUCACGGGAAAUAACUCAAAGGCAUGCAUAAAUGUAGCAUCAGCGACAAGAUACUUUGUAUCUCACAGGGUUAUGGACACCAGCGAUCAGCUGGUGGACAUGUUAUCCACCGAGGCGCGGCAGUCAGCAAACUACAAUUAUCUCAAGGCCAUUUUCAAGUGUCUACAUGCUCUGUAUGAACACGGUAAUACUAAUCACGUCACCCAUACCGCGCUGAAAACAAUGUUAUGGUUCCUCUGUCACCCAUAUCCUACCUUGGCCAUAUAUGCCUACGGUACAGUUUCCUCCACACUGGGCUCUAUAGAGUGGAUCCAGGACGAUACUGAAUUUCAGUCAAUACUGGAACAGCUUGAACAUAUGAUGUCUGGUGACCGUUCGGGGGUUCAACCAUUGGUAGACCGCAUGGUAACACUGCUAAAACUCACAAAAUGAAGUUAUAAUUUAUUGCGAUAUUACUUAGAAAUUAGUAUAUUCUCCCUAGUGGAUGCACUG